AUCGCCAAAUGAAGUAAUUUAUGGUAGUUUGUAGACGUGCACACGUGACUGCCAUUUGCCAUUAAGUUGAAAGAGAAAAACAAAUAAAAGGGGUAAUUGUACGAAAAAUGUUCAUAAGUGCGCCGUGUAAUAUUUGUUUACUGAGACCCGGUUAUUUUGUGCGUUUAGCCGCGUAAUUAAGCCGUGUAGUGUUUAGCCAAACCAAGUCCAGUUUGCCGCCCGUUUUGGUAUUUUUGUGUGAAUUCAUUUGUUUCAAAAAGGAGCCCACCUUGCAUGCCGGCGAACUUGUUUGAGCCGCACCACCGACUGUGGAUUGCCUUUACUUGUGGAAGGUGCAUACAUUACCGACAUCAUCUUCGGUCCUGCACCCUGCUUUACCUCAUCGGCUUUGACUGGCUCUAUUGGCCGAGACGCUCUCUGGCGACAAACUACUAUGCGGCGAUCCCCCCUCGUCCCACCCCAAGUCGACACCUCCGGUGGCCAGGAAUGCCUCUUGCCCGCGGAUACCGAUAUGCCCAUCAUCGUUUAUCAUGGGAUCUCCACCCCCAUCCUGAAAUCAGGAUCGUCAGCAACAUCCGGUACCUACACCGCCGAAUCAAACGUUGGGCUUCGAGACGCACCUAUGUACCCUACGCUUUGCCACAAACCGAGUCGUAUGCGGUUCCUAUCAAAGUAUCCCAGCCAGAAAUACUCGUAUCCCAGCAGAACAGAGGCGGAGGGACAGGAGACAGGUGACAGCAGAAAACCCCUUGCAAGCUCCGCACAUAACAGGCCAUCGUCAUCUUUCGACCUGGUCAUCGACAACAAGGACUUUCACUAUGGUAACCAAGCGAGGGGCUACGCGGUCACAAUACUCUAGAAUAUAGAGUCUAGAUAGAUCUCGUUGUUGUUAGGUUUAAGGAUAUAUGCAUGCACAUAUUUAGAUAGUAGAUACAAAUGUUUUCCACUUGUUUAUUUA